UAGUCAUUCUUUAGUGAAAAAUAGCCCCGAAAUUCAGCAUCGUUCACAGCGCAGCAGAGCUUGAGUAGAGUGAGCGAGAAUGAAGGAGCGAGGCGGUAAAGGAGGAAGCCAGCCGUCGGUGAACGAACGCUACACACAGUGGAAGUCUCUCGUCCCCGUUCUCUACGACUGGCUCGCUAAUCAUAACCUCCUUUGGCCCUCUCUCUCAUGCCGAUGGGGGCCACUGCUAGAACAAGCUACUUACAAGAAUCGACAACGACUCUACCUUUCGGAACAGACUGAUGGUAGCGUUCCGAACACACUUGUGAUUGCAAAUUGUGAGAUUGUUAAACCAAGAGUUGCAGCUGCUGAACACAUAGCACAGUUCAAUGAAGAAGCACGGUCUCCCUUUGUUAAGAAGUUUAAAACCAUUAUCCAUCCUGGAGAGGUAAAUCGCAUCAGGGAGCUUCCUCAGAACAGCAAAAUAGUAGCCACACACACAGACAGUCCUGAUGUUCUUAUCUGGGAUGUUGAAGCUCAGCCCAAUCGCCAUGCUGUCUUGGGAGCCACAGAGUCUCACCCUGAUCUGAUCUUGACUGGUCACCAAGAAAAUGCAGAGUUUGCUCUUGCUAUGAGCCAAAGUGAACCCUUUGUACUAUCUGGAGGCAAGGAUAAAUCAGUUGUACUGUGGAGUAUUCAUGAUCAUAUCUCCACUUUGGCAACAGAUUCUGGGGCCGGAUCUAACGGUGGUAAAAGCCCAAAGGCUGGGAUUGAUGAUAAACCACCUUCUGAGAGUCCUAAAAUACAAGCAAGAGGUAUUUUUCAAGGGCAUGAGGAUACUGUUGAGGAUGUACAAUUUUGCCCUUCUAGUGCACAAGAAUUCUGUAGUGUUGGUGACGAUUCUUGUCUUAUUUUAUGGGAUGCAAGAACAGGGUCUUCUCCAGUUGUCAAGGUCGAGAAAGCUCAUAACGCUGAUCUCCAUUGUGUUGAUUGGAACCCAAUUGAUGAGAACUUCAUUUUAACAGGGUCGGCUGAUAACACUGUUCGUUUGUUUGAUCGUCGAAAUCUCACUUCUAAUGGGGUUGGAGCACCCGUCCACAUAUUUAAUAACCACAAUGCUGCUGUCCUUUGCGUACAGUGGUCUCCUGACAAAUCGUCUAUCUUUGGAAGUUCAGCUGAGGAUGGUGUCUUAAACAUCUGGGAUCACAAUAAGAUUGGUGAACGCUCUGGCCCAGCCUCAAAGUUUGCACCAGGCUUAUUGUUCCGUCACUCUGGGCACAGGGAUAAGGUGGUUGAUUUUCACUGGAACUCACAUGAUCCAUGGACAAUUGUCAGUGUCUCUGAUGAUGGUGAAAGUACUGGUGGCGGUGGUACACUACAGAUAUGGAGGAUGAUUGAUUUGAUUUACCGCCCGCAAGAGGAGGUUAUCGACGAGCUGGAGAAAUUCAAGUCGCACAUUCUCACUUGUUCAACCCCGUAGGGUGGAACUUUAGAUUCUCUAAUAAGCUUGAACCCACUGAAUCUAUUGUGUUGCUGUACUUUUAAGUUUCUUUGUAGUGUCUGGAUUUGAAACUUGUUUUUUUUUUUUUUUUGUAGUAGACUUGUGUGGUAGAAAAUAUUAGAUUCAUUAGUUAACCUAAGGGCCGGAUUCGAACUAGAAUAUAUGCCCUUAAUGCUAGUGUCGCCAUUUAUGAUCGACGUUGGUGCU